AUGUUCUCGUGCCAUUUCGGCUACUGCUGCUGCUGCUGUUGCUCCUCCUCGCCGCAAUCUCCGAUUGAUCGCGGCGAUUUGAGGCGACCGUUCAAACAAUUUUUCGAAUCGAUCAAUCCGAAGAGCGAUUUUAAAAAUGACGAGGCUCUUGAGACGUACUUGUACCAGAAAUCCAUCGAGGUUCAGCCGAAGAAUUGCGAUCCACCGGUUAAUGAUGUGAAGCCUCGACACAGUCCGACAACGCUUCGAUCGCCUGGAAUCAAGGCGCCGAAACCGCAAUCGCAAAGCAAUAAUUAUUCGAUCAAUCAUCCGGUUUCCAUGAUCACCCAUCGGAAUCACUCGAACACCGUUCCGAACACACCUGUUGCUCCGCAUGAGACGAAAAGAAGUUUUUCGCACAACUCUGAAGCCGAUCAUCAUUAUAAUGAGCGCCGCGGGCACCAUAAUUAUCAUGCUCACCAGCAGCAACAACAACAACAACAACAAAAAAUACCUGUUCUUCAACCGCCGCCUGGCUAUCGUUCCGCUCGACGACCGCCACCGCCGCCAAUUCAACCGCCAACACAAAACGCGCCAAUGGCACCACAAGUGAGAUCAUCGCCGACAGGCUCGACGACGACACCCGCAACGGGAGUGGCGCCGCCGAAAUUGCAUCCGAGACGCGUUGCGAUGUCGCCGCUCACCAAGUCGCCAUUGACGCCAUCCAAUGAUAAUCAUCAUCAAUCGACGAGUGCUUUCCAAUUUCCGAAUGUUUACGAUAUGGCGCCACCACUUCCGCCAAGACCAUCGACAGAAUCGACAUCGCCGCCGAGCACUUCAACAUCGGCUAAGGAGAAUCAUGAUCAGUUGCCAAUUAUCUUCGAUAGAGAAGAGUCUCACUCUCCGACUGUUCGACUUUCUGUCGCACUUCCGCCGGCGCUUCCGCCACCAAGAGGUUCGGCGUUCUCGCGCCCACCGCCACCGAUCCCACCAAAAUCCACACGAGCCCACAGCAGCAGCCCGACGAACUCGGCGUCGCCGCGCGAUUUGCUCCUUGAGCCUGCUAGUACGCCACCGCCGCCGUUGCCACCAAAGACCUACAAGACAAGAAAGAAUUGA